AUGACUAGAGUAUGUGUGAAACAACUUCCAAAGCAUCUCACAGAGAGGAGGCUGAAAGAGCACUUUGAACGAUUCGGUGUCGUCACUGAUUGUAAGAUUAUGAAGGCUGGUGAUGGAUCAUCUAGAAUGUUUGGAUUCGUUGGAUUCUCUACAGAUAGCGCAGCUAAACAGGCAUUGAUGCUACAUGGAUCAUUCUUGGACACGUCAAAGAUAACGGUGGAGAUGGCUGUUGGCAAUGAACAGGCUGCUAGACCAUGGUCAAAGUACUCUGCAGGCUCAUCUGCUUAUAACAAGUUGCACGAAGCUGAUAAGAACAAACAACUUCAAGAGUUGGCCAAACAGAAGAAGGGGAAGGGCAAGGGCGACGAAGAUGAUCUCGAGAAUGAUGAUGAAUACAAGAAGUUCAAGGGACUGAUGCAGCCCAGAAGCACAAAGAAUCUAUGGAGCAAUGAGGAUAAUGACACACUGAAGAGUGACCAGCCCGCCACACUACCAAAGAGCAAGAGAAGAAUAGAGCACGAUUAUAAGAAGAAUAAGGAUCUGGUCAUGUUUGACGACGAUGUCAAGGGUGAUGGUGCAGCCAAGGGUGAUGACGACGAUGAUCUAUACGAGGACAUGCCCUCAGCACAAAAGCAAGACAAACAAGAUAGUGAACAAGGCAACACAAUAGCAAAGGAUAGCGCAGUGUCUGACUUGGAUUGGUUCAAAUCAAAGUUGCAAAAGGAUGAUGGAGACGAUAACGAUAAUGAAGAUGAUGAAGAACAAGAGGACUACGAACAAGAAGAGGAAGUAGAGGAAGAGGACGAGGAGGACAAAGACGAAGAGAUGAAGGAGGAGGAGCAAGAUGAGGAUGAAGAGGAGGAGGAGGUAGAAGAGAAGAAGGUUACAACAUUCAAGGAAUCAAAGUUCGAGUUUGAAUCGGAUUACUCCAGGCCAGAUGAUCAAGAGGAUGUUGGAGAGUCUGGAAGACUGUUCCUGAGGAACCUGUCAUUCACAGUGACAGAGGACGACUUGAAAAAGCUAUUUGAGCCUUAUGGAAAGCUGUCAGAAAUAUAUAUUCCAAUCGAUAAGGACACCAAGAAGUCAAAGGGUAUUGCAUUCCUCUUGUACAUGGUGCCAGAGAAUGCCGUUCAGGCCAUGACUGAGAUGGACGGCAAGAUCAUCCAGGGUCGACUUGUACACAUCCUUCCAGCCAAGAACGCACCACACACUGUCAAGAAGGCCAACGCCGAAGACGAAAAGAACACCAGUAGUUACAAGAAGCAGCAAGAGCGUGAGCUCAAGGCUGCAGCAGGAUCGACCUACAACUGGAACGCCCUAUUCAUGAGAUCUGACGCGAUUAUAAGUUCAUUGGCAGAGAGAUAUAAGCUGACGCAGGGAGAGAUAUUGGAUCCAAAUUCGACAGACAUGGCAGUUAGGAUGACAUUGAUGGAGACAUAUAUUAUCAAUGAGACUAGGAAGUUCUUGGAGGAGGAAGGCGUUGUCAUUGAUAAGAUUGGUGGCAAGGGCAUCGAGCGUAGCAAGACAGUCAUUCUGGUAAAGAACAUCCCUCACAAGACUACGACCAAUGAGUUGGAGCAACUGUUUAGCAAGUUUGGCGAGUUGGCAAGGAUGCUACUGACACCCGCCAGGACAUUGGCGCUGGUUGAGUUCUACCACGUCUCAGAAGCCAAGGUCGCCUUCCAGAACUUGGCCUACACAAAGUUCCACCAUGUGCCUCUAUACCUCGAGUGGGCGCCCAACGGCGUGUUUAGCAGGCCAGCCGAGACAAUGGAGCAAAAGCAGGCGCGCAGGGAGGAGCAGUUACAGAAGGAGAAGGAGGAGGAGAGACAGCGCGCCAAGGAGGAGCGUGAGCGCGAGAAGCUGAUGGCCAAGGCUGGUGAGGUGCCAACGAUCAUGAAGGCCGACUAUAAGCCAUCAUACGUAUUUAUCAAGAACUUGCACUUUGACACCAAGAACGACACACUCAAGGAGCGUCUCAAGGGCGUCAAGGACUUUGUCAACGUCAACAUUGCCACCAAGCUUCAUCCAAAGACUGGUGAGAAGCUGAGUCAUGGUUACGCCUUUGCCGAGUUCUCAUCCAAGCAGGGCGCAUUCGAAUGCAUCAAGAAGUGGAAUGGCGCGACGAUCGAUGGUCACGAGAUCACGAUCAAACUGUCGGACAAGAACACACUGGAGGUCGGUGGCAAGGACAAGGAGCUGCCCGAGCACGCCAAGAAGAAGCAAAAGACAGAGGGCGAUGGUGCGCCAGUUGCCACCGUGUCGACCAAGAUCCUGGUCAAGAAUCUUGCGUUCGAGGCCACUCAAAAGGACAUCAGACAGCUGUUUGGAACGUAUGGCGAGCUGCAAUCGGUCAGACUGCCCAAGAAGCCACAAGGAGGCCACAGAGGUUUCUGUUUUGUCGAGUAUCUCACAGAGCAAGAGGCCAAGAAUGCCAUGGAUUCACUCAAGUAUCCUCAUCUCUAUGGAAGACAUUUGGUGCUCGAGUAUGCCGAGGCCGACAAGAACGUAGAGCAACUCAGGGAGAAGGCACAGACAGAGUACAAUAAACUCAAGGCCAAGAAGUAA